GUGAUCAAUGCAAAUCGCAAUGGUGGCCAAACAAAUACUUUCUGAGCAAUUGUGGCCGCUUGACAAGCCAUCAUGCCUCUAUAGGGAUAGAAGCGAUGGACUCAGGCAGACUGGGAAGAGGAGAAAGAAAGGGCGAAAGAGAUAAGGACACAAGUGCUUAUCUUCCUAAAGUUGCAGAGAAAGCAGGUGCCAGCUUGAGGCUGGGGGGCGUUCUGGACAAAUACAUUUUGCGAUCGAUGCUUCCGGGUUUUGUCAUGGCGCUGGCGCUCUGUGCCUUUCUGGGGAUGUCGCUUGGAGCGCUUGUGGAGCUGAUCAGAGAGGUGGUCAGUGCUGGACUCCCCCUGAGAGUAGCUUUCGGCGCCGCCCUACUCCAAGCCCCGCGUUUUCUAUCCCUCGCCCUCCCACUCGCUACGCUCUCCGGAGUCCUUUUUGGGUUAGGGAGCCUCCAGGAAAGGGGGGAGCUCGGAGCGCUCGCAUCUGCGGGAGUGUCAAACGCGCGCUUGCUGAUGGCCCCUCUGCUGCUCGCGACACUGGCGGGGCUGCUAACCCUGGGGGUUAACGAGGUAUUGAUACCGGUCAGCAGCACGAGAGCGCACCAGCUUGUAGAGACUGCGCUCACCACCGAUCUGCACACUCUCAAGGCAAGGGAUGACGUUAUCUAUCACGAGUACGGGCCGGCAGCGGGCCGAGCCGGGAAGCAGCUGCAGCGGGUCUGGUACGCGCAGAAACUAGAGGGGGGAAGAAUGGAACGCGUCACGGUUCUGGACUGCAGCCCCGACGGAGAGGUGCAUCGGGUGCUGACAGCUGGCAGCUGCGCAUGGGACUGGGCCGCGAAGGUGUGGAGAUUCCACGACGCCACGCUCCUACACAUGGAUCGCACGGGAGAAUCCAAGUCAACGCUCCAGAUGCAAAGCCUAAGCGUCCCGAUGCCCAACGUCGCGAAAGCCGCUGUGCGAGCCACUGCAGACCUGCACGAUCAAACCCGAGGGGAGAUACAGAGAGUUAUCGAAAGAGAGAGGAAAACUGGAGCAGAAUGCGGACCCGGGAGCCCAGCUUGGAAGGCGAGGUGGCUAUUAAGUCAACGGGAUGCAUCCGUGCUGACGUGUGCCAUUUACGCGAUGGUGGGCGCGAUGUCAACAUUGAGCUCAUCUCCGAGGAAUAGCCGAAGCGAUCCUUUCAAAAAGGCCGCCCUGUUACUGCUUCCGUACACUCUCGCUGCUAAGGGCUUGUCACGGUUGAGCCAACAAGGAGCGCUUGCCCCAAGCGUUGGUGCAUGGGCGCCCCCGGCAGUGACUCUGAUCGGUAUCAUACUUUGGGCAACUUUGCUUGAAAGGACGUCCUGAAUUUCGAACGAGUAACUAAUCAACGGAAUGGAAAGGUUUAGAUAUAAGCUGACGGAUCCUGCGUGCGUGACCAUGUGUCUGGCACCAGGCCAUGACAUGACUACCGAAUGAUUCGCAUACGGUCAUUAUGAAUCUCUUUGACAACA